CGCAAUCGGCCUCACAGCUAGAGAAGGCUGCGGUGCUCAGACCACAGAUCUGUGGUGAGUAGAGACAGCGAGAGAGCUCCGCUAGGACAUAUGCUCAUCCGCAAAGGUGAAGCAGACUCUGCUGUGGUCAGCACUGACAGGGGCCAGUAAGGAGGAGCUCUGCAAAGGCUCAUAUUCCCCCUGUUCUUUGUGAAACCGAAGCUUAUUCUCCAGUGAAGAUGGGCAAUCGGGGAAUGGAGGAGUUGAUUCCUCUGGUGAACAAGCUGCAGGACGCCUUUUCUGCAAUCGGACAAAAUGCCAAUCUGGACCUGCCCCAAAUCGCCGUGGUCGGAGGUCAGAGUGCUGGGAAAAGCUCGGUUUUGGAGAACUUCGUUGGAAAGGAUUUCCUACCCCGAGGCUCUGGCAUUGUCACUCGUCGGCCCCUGGUGUUGCAGCUCAUCAACUGCCCUACAGAGUAUGCAGAGUUUCUUCACUGCAAAGGGAAAAAGUUCACUGAUUUCGAUGAGGUGCGUCAGGAGAUCGAGGCAGAGACUGACCGCAUCACUGGCCAAAACAAAGGGAUCUCACCAGUUCCCAUCAACCUGAGAGUUUAUUCCCCUAAUGUCCUAAAUCUCACUCUGGUGGACUUGCCUGGGAUGACCAAAGUGCCGGUAGGAGACCAGCCGGCCGAUAUUGAGUCCCAGAUCAGGGACAUGAUCAUGCAGUUCGUUACCAAGGAGAACUGCCUGCUGCUGGCUGUCUCGCCAGCCAACUCUGACCUCGCCAACUCAGAUGCCCUCAAGAUCGCCAAGGAAGUGGAUCCUCAAGGACUGAGAACGAUUGGUGUUAUUACCAAACUUGACCUGAUGGAUGAGGGCACGGAUGCUCGUGAAAUCUUGGAGAAUAAGCUUCUUCCUUUGCGCAGAGGCUACAUUGGGGUAGUGAACCGCAGUCAGAAGGAUAUCGAUGGCAAAAAGGACAUCACUGCUGCCAUUGCAGCUGAGAGGAAGUUCUUCCUCACCCACCCAUCCUAUCGCCACCUGGCUGAACGCAUGGGCACACCUUACCUGCAGAAAGCCCUCAAUCAGCAACUGACCAACCACAUUCGAGACACGCUGCCAGGGUUGAGGAACAAACUGCAGAGCCAGCUGCUGUCCAUCGAGAAGGAGGUGGAGGAGUACAAGAACUUCCGUCCAGAUGAUCCGUCUCGCAAGACUAAAGCUCUGCUGCAGAUGGUUCAGCAAUUCGCUGUGGACUUUGAAAAGCGUAUCGAAGGCUCUGGGGAUCAGAUUGACACCUAUGAGCUGUCGGGGGGAGCCAGAAUCAACCGUAUCUUCCAUGAGCGCUUCCCAUUUGAACUGGUCAAGAUGGAGUUCGAUGAAAAAGAACUGCGUAAGGAGAUCAGCUAUGCUAUUAAGAACAUCCAUGGUAUCAGGACUGGUCUCUUCACCCCAGACAUGGCCUUUGAGACAAUUGUGAAGAGGCAGAUCGCUAAGAUUAAAGAGCCAUGUCAGAAGUGUGUGGAUUUGGUCAUUUCUGAGCUGGUCAAUACAGUCAGGCAGUGCACUAAGAAGCUGGCCCAGUACCCAAUGCUAAGAGAGGAGAUGGAGAGGAUUGUCACACAGCACAUCCGUGAUAGAGAGAGUCGUACCAAGACUCAGGUGAUGCUUCUCAUUGACAUUGAGCUGGCCUAUAUGAACACCAACCAUGAGGAUUUCAUUGGAUUUGCUAACGCCCAGCAGAGAAGCAGUCAGAUGAGUAAGAAGAAAGCUGCAGGAAAUCAGGAUGAGAUAAUGGUGAUCAGGAAGGGCUGGCUAACCAUCAAUAACAUUGGUAUCAUGAAGGGAGGAGCGAAAGAGUACUGGUUUGUGCUGACUGCUGAGACUCUGUCGUGGUACAAAGAUGAUGAGGAGAAAGAGAAGAAAUACAUGCUGCCUGUGGAUAACCUGAAGCUCAGAGACAUUGAGAAAAGCUUCAUGUCCAGCAAGCACAUCUUUGCUCUCUUCAACACUGAACAAAGGAAUGUGUAUAAGGACUACAGGCAGUUGGAGUUGGCCUGUGAGACACAAGAUGAGGUGGACAGCUGGAAGGCCUCAUUCCUGCGUGCUGGAGUUUAUCCAGAACGCAUUACAGACAAAGAAAAGCAGAGUGAAGCCAGUGAGGAGAAUGGCUCAGAAAGCUUCAUGCACUCAAUGGACCCUCAGCUGGAGAGGCAGGUAGAGACCAUCCGUAACCUGGUGGACUCUUAUAUGGCGAUUGUCAACAAGACUGUGCGUGAUCUCAUGCCCAAGACCAUCAUGCACCUCAUGAUCAACAAUACUAAGGAAUUCAUCCAUGCAGACCUGCUAGCCCAGCUCUAUUCGUGCGGAGACCAGAACACUCUGAUGGAAGAGUCAGCCGAGCAGGCGCAGCACAGGGACGAGAUGCUGCGUAUGUAUCAUGCGCUCAAAGAGGCCCUCAACAUCAUUGGGGACAUCAGCACCACCACUGUCUCCACUGCUCUUCCCCCACCAGUGGAUGAUUCCUGGCUGCAGGUGCAGGGAGGACCCUCAGGACGCAGGUCCCCCAUGUCCAGCCCCACACCUCAGCGCCGGGCCCCACCAGGACCUCCUCGUCCUGGUGGUCGUACUGCUCCAGGGCCCCCUGCUGCUGGAGCUCCACCUGUCCCCUCCAGACCUGGAGCUUCCCCUGACCCCUUCAGCGGGCCUCCACCCCAGGUGCCCUCCCGCCCCAACCGUGCUCCUCCAGGUGUACCCAGAAUUUCUAUCAGUGACCAAUGAGGAGGUCUGCAAAUGUCGGCGAGCACCAGCCUCCCCCUCAAGACCCACCAGAUCCACAGAUUCCAUUACAGAGCACUAACCCUGGAUCUGCAGUCAGAGGAUAACCACUUCCUCCUCUGCACCUUUCUCUUAUAUGUGCACACAUUUACAAGCACAUCCCUGGUUGCAAACCCUGAGGAUGCAACGUCUUUAGAUGCACGUGUUUACUUGAAGGCACACUUCCUUUGAACAAUCAUACACAAAGGAGAUGACAAAAUGCUAAUGAUAUGUAAAGUGCAGUGUCAUGGACAUUGUAUUCACAAACAACAUAGUACAGUUAUCAGUGCCACUUCAUUACCAGCAUAAGCUCUUUAUAUUUCAUAAUGAACAUGACAAAUGUACCAGUAUUUUGAGUGUUCUGCAAUUCCAGCCUACAUUCUGAAUGUUCUAUGGUAAUAUAAAUGCACACAAAUGCUAAAUGGCCUUGGCUUAGCUGUACAGAGGUCUUUAGUGAUAUAAGUAAUAUGUAGUAACCCUCAGUGACCUCUGGCCCCCUUGCUGCGUCUUUUCCUUCUCUUCCAAGACUGACCUGCAUGCUGUUUGCACCAAACAAAAUCCCCCUGCUAAAUGCUCUCUCUUUUGACUUACUGCCACUUCCCUGGGAUUAAAACCUGCUUCAUUCUCACACUAGCAUUUAGCCAUUAGCCAUUAUCCCCUCUACUCUGAUAUAUUGUUCUUAAGUUAAGGCACCACAUGUCAUUAUUACUCUAGAAAGAGCAAUAAGCCAGAUGGUUGAAGAGAAUUUUUUUUAUUUGAGGACUGCUUAACCAUCUCUGAUUUGAUUCAAGCUCUUUUAAGUGCUUUAUUCAUUUUUUCGUUGCCAAAGUAAGAUUACCCACCACCACAGAAACUUAUCAAAAUAAGAUUACUUAUUUUUCCCAACUGUGCACCUCUUCAGGCUGGGUAAGAUGGAACUUGUGAAGCUUGGACAAACUACUCGGGGUAGUUUGGAGGACAUGAAGAGUUUCCAUUGAAACAUUACUUCAUGAUCUAUAUUUGAGCAAUAAUACUGUCUUUUAUGGAAACAUUGUAUUGUUCAUUGGCUUUUUUCUUUGGAAUGACUUUACUUGUUUGGCCUACUUCUGUAUAUGGUAAAGAUUGAGCAUAUACAAUAAUGUAGUCUAUUAAUGUACAAAAAGUACAUAUUGUUGCUGUCAGAACAAGCCUUCUAUCUCCAGAAAUGGUUAACUGUUAAUGCAAGUGAAAGCCUGUAAAGACUUUAUUCAAGUCAAUUUGGAACAUUUCUAUUGGUUCAUUCAUGUAGAACUUUUCAUACAAUGUGAAGGGCAGCUGGUGUUUCCAAAUAAUGUUAACAAACAAUCAAAAAACAUCAGCGAUACAAGGUUUUGUCCUGAAAUCGACGAUAUACCUUUUGACUUGCUAACCUUGCCUCACUACUUGAAAUGUAAAACUUACAAUAAUAUGAAUGCCUUUAAUCAAUUAUAGCUUAUUUAUCAUUGUAAGUGCUGUUAAUUGGGAACAGAAAUGCUUGUAGGAUAUUUAAAUACUUCAUUCUUCUCCCCAACAUUUGUUUCUUUUCGCUUUAUAUUUUCUUCUCUUUCUGCCAGCCGUCCAAACAAAGGGAGCCCUUCUCACGGAGAGAGCCCUCAUCCUUCUUUUGAGUCGUAGAACCGAACAUCAACCUCCCCCCUACCCUCCUCUCCCUCUCCCUCUCUCUCUACUGCCUUUCCUCUGACCAAGAGGACGUUGAAAAGUGUGGACACAAAAAUGCCUGGAACAUCUUAGGUGCUGUGAGGCUGGCUGUAUGUGCCAGCUAUGAGCAAACAUCUGUUUACAGUACUUACGAGUUGUGGGCGAUUUGAUCCAGAGAUGCAGAGGGAAUUUAGCAGGGAUUACGGGAGAACUGAGGAGUCUUUCUGUCUGUGUUCUAAGCUACUCACUUUGUCGAGGGUGUCUGAGUGGAAUGCCCAGUGUGGACUUGUAUCACCGUGUCAAGUCACCUGCAGUGUUACUUGUACUGAAGAUGCUGUGCAGUGUUUCUAUGUUUACACAAUAGAUAAUGUCAAAGUGUUCUAUAUUGAGCUGUCACUUAAGGAAUACUCACAGCACGCUUUUGCAUAGUUAAUACCGCUGAUUCAGGCUAGAGGACGUGCAGCUCUCCUGUUUUAUUCUUCCUUCCACAGCUGAUGGAAGUAUAACCUUAGCUAUUUUAUGGUGCUUAAUGUUUAAAGUCAGAAAUGUAAUUUAAACCACACAGUGUUAAUUUUUUGUCCUCAGCCUCGGAUCAUUUGCAUUGCCAAAUAAGCUGAAAAUGCUUAUGCAGCUAAUGAUGAAUGAAAGCUGAUUACAGAGGUAGGUAGUCAUUAGUUAACAUGUACUUGAAUGUACUGAAUUUUAAUUCUUCUGUGAGUAUUUUCAAAUGAUAAUACUUCUACUUAUGAUAUUACAGCUACAUAAGUAUCUGUGAGGAAAGUAAUCUGCUUCAUAUUCAGUUCCUCAAGUAUAAUUUAGCCAUUGACACUUAAGAAGAAUCCGCAUUCCUUUUUUUUAUUUUUAAUUUUAUUCUGUUGUGUUGGUUCAGCUCUUGGACUACUUUUCUGUUGCUCACCCCUGUCACUUCAGAGCAUUAGUGUUUUAUUUAAGACCAAAAAGGCCCCAAAAGGAGAAAAAUAGCACCUAACAAGCUAGAUGUGCUAAUGCUGAACAUUUUGACCUUUUUAAUCAUACUGUAGUUCAUUAUUGCAACUUUUCCUUUUACUUAAGUCAUUAUUUAAUUGAAGGAACAAUACUUUUACCUGAGUAGAGGUUUAGGCUACUCUACUCACCUCUGGUUAGUUAACAUUAUGCAAAUGAAAUCAUGCUAACUGGUCCGCAUUUGCUUUCUUUCAUUGUUAGCCACAUACUCAUUUUUAGCGUUGAAGUGAAGUAUUCCUUUGAAUGAGAUGUAAAUAUGUUGAAAUAUGUAUUGUGCAAUGUGUCUGACUGAGAAAUUGCAUCAAAACUAUGUUGAAGUCAAAAUGAGUGUUAUCAGGAUUUAUAAAAUACGUCUGUUUGUUUGUUUAAUUUAAUGAAACAUGGCUGGAAUGAACCAUUUCUGAAAGGGAUUUUGGAAGGAAUAUUUUAAAAACAGGGUGAAAGAAAAGUUAAGAAACCAGUCAGUCUCUUACACAAAUCUGAGUAAUAUUAGCUAUUAUGCUAUGUUUGUAAUGUAUUGGUGUAUGUUUGUGGUGCAUCUUUGGGAAUUGUACUUCUGUUACUUUGUGUCCACAAUAAUUGUGUGUACAAUAACUAAAUAUGAAAUCUAAAACUCAAAAGACGUGACUGUAAAGAGAUGAGUGCUAUGUGUGUAUAUUAUGAGGCCUGGAACAUCCUCCUAUUUAAAUGAAUUGUGUGAAUGUCUAUGUGUCUUCCUGCUGCCUCCUGUAUCUUAUUGACAUUGGUCUGGCCCCAUAGACUGGUCAGUGCUUUGUGAUUAAAGUCUGGAAGUGUG